ACAGGAUUCAUCAAGUACGCACACCAGACAAUGACGCAAUUAAAUUUAUUCACUUUUGAUUCAGCUAAGCGCACUACAAUGUUGCUAAAUAUAAAUUCUUGAUAUAUAUUCUUUCUUUGCAUCAUGGAUACGGCAUUCAACGAUAUAAAAUGCGGUUUGGUGCAGAGUGACAUCUCAACAUUAUUGGAACCGACGUCCAAUCAUAUUCGAAAGCAGCAGUAACCGUUGGUCAUAUGGUGGUGUUGGACAACGUUUCAAAUCCCUUCAAAAUGCCUAGCCGAGUCGGAGUAAAUCUCCGAGCAUCGGCCUAUUUACAUCAAGGCGAUAGAAAAUAUAUGGAGGAUGAAUUUGUGGUAGCUUAUCAGCGAACUGCAGACAAGAAAGACAUUGAAUACGCGUUUUUUGGGAUUUUCGACGGCCAUGGCGGGAAGGAGGCUGCACAUUUUGCUAAAGAUCAUCUUAUGGAUAAUAUUGUUUCUCAGCGUUCAUUUUGGUCUGAUGAUGAUAACGACGUGCUAGAUGCUAUCAGAGAAGGGUUUAUACAAACUCACAUGGCAAUGUGGAAAGUUGUAGAAAAAUGGCCUCUCACAGCAUCUGGCUGGCCUAGUACUUCUGGGUCGACAGCCUCUGUGGCGUUCAUCCGCAAGCAGAAGAUCUACAUUGGUCAUGUUGGAGACUCGGGGAUCUGCUUGGGUUAUGAAGACUCCAAUGGCUACUGGUUGGGGGAGCAUCUAACCAAAGACCACAAACCAGAGAGUAACCAGGAGAAGAGUCGCAUCACUCGCUGUGGAGGCAAGGUGGUCAACAAAUCGGGUGUUCCUCGUGUGGUGUGGAAUAGGCCCAAGCGAGGCCAUAAGGGCCCUGUCAGAAGGUCCACCCCCAUGGACGAGAUUCCUUUUCUUGCUGUUGCAAGAUCGCUGGGUGAUCUUUGGAGUUACAACCCCACGAACAACCAGUUUGUGGUGUCGCCUGUGCCUGAUGUGCACGUCCAUCCUAUAGACAUCAAGCGUCACCGCUGCCUCAUCUUCGGCACAGAUGGCCUAUGGAACGUCAUGUCGCCCUAUAUGGCCGUCAAUAUCGCCUACCACACAGAACUGAACAAUGAGAACCAUUAUCUGGGCCUGGUCAUGCCAUGUGGAACUCAACACAUGUGGGUAAACCCGUCACGCUCCGUGGUGAAGGGAGCUCUGGAUCGUUACAGCCGCUGCAACCUGCGCGCUGACAACACGAGUGCUGUUGUGGUCUUCUUGGACCCUCCUGGCCGCCCCAAGAGAGAGGUAUUACUGCAACGCAAAGGCCUGUCAUCUCCAUCAAACGUCACCGCUCAAGAUGCUGCUGCCAGCUCCACUUCAGUAGGGUCUCCAGCCAAGAGCGCUGACUGCAAGGUCCAGGUGCACGUCUACAAUAUUGAUACCAACAAGUCCAGCAAAUCUACUGAUGGCCAAACACCUCACGGACUUCUAAGAAUAACUGAAAGAUCGCCGCAAAAAUGGCAGCUUAAUCCCGAGUCUUGCGAGAACAGGAAUGAAAAUGACCGGGCACCUAUCCCGCAAUCUCCAUCUAAGCCAUUCCCUAAAGCCUUAGCAGAGGACAAUGAACAAGCUUCUACUCCAGGCACGUCGGAAUUAGGCACAAAGCGAGCUGCCGCACCAUGUGCUAUGGCUGUCAAUCCCUUGAUAGCAGCGAAGAACUCAUUAGCUUCAAUCUCGACUAGUACUCUAUCUCCUCUCUCAUCAUCUUUGUCAUCACUAAAAGUUCCUUCAUCCCUCCCUUCUCUGCGCUCUGGUGGCCGGACCAUUUCAUCGGACUUUGUAGCAUCACCUGCCGCUGCAACAAGCCAAGCUACCAGAUUGUCUCUGUGUACUAAAUGUGACAGUCCUAGAAGAAGCUCAACUUUGGUUCAAAAGAAACUUAACUCCCACCCACCUAAUCCUAAUAGUGACGGCAAAGACGACAUCCCUUCUGCAAGCAUCGCCAGUAAUAGAGCAGCUAAGAGGGAGAGAGAUGAGGAUGAAACUGAUCAGUGCUUUAACGUUAAGAAGUCGUGUGCAGAAUGCAAAUGUAAUGACCAGCUUCCGUUGCAACCUGAAGAUUCUCGAGGUGACAGAACUCCUAGUAGUGCGUCUAGUGUUAUCCCUAGUGAUGUAAGUAACGCUUCUAGUGUUAGCCAUUCCCUUGAAUCUAGUCCAAAAACUUCGAAAUCCAAGUCCUCAGCAACAACUUCUGAAUCUAGCAAAGUUAAUCGCAAAAGAGAUGAUAUUCAAAUACCUCUUAUAUCAAGCAGCACAUGGGUAUCUUGUAACACAAGCAGCAGCAACUCUGAUGCCAGCGUCUCCUCACCUUCAGCCACAGUUGAUCCAGCCAGUAAAUUAAAAUUGAAGAAAUUUGUUCAGCAUGGCUCGGGUGACGUGGUGCAAGUCGAGCUUGUGAGGCACCGCACGCGAUCAUCAGUGGUGACGAAGCCUGUGCCACAGAAGACUAUGCGCUCAGACGGUGGCAUUGAUACAAUCACCUCUCACCUCAAAACGUCAAGCUGCUCCGGUCAAAAUGCCAACUUGGAACACAAAUUUCAAAUUGAAAACUCGCUUGUUUCUGCCGUUUCUUGCCCAACUUCUGAACCGUCUGCUUCUAAUCGUAUUUUAAAGUCCGUCAACAGAGGCUCUCCGAACGAAACCAAAACUUCAUGCCUUAAGAGCCUUUGCUCAGGCUCAGUCAAAAGUAGCUCGUCUCUUAAGACAAGCAAGUAUGCCUUCAAAGUAGGCAAGAAGAAACGUAGCCACUCUGUGCCAUCCCUCUGUAACGAUAGCGCUACUGCUCUGCCACCUAAGAAAAAGUCAGCCACUAUGCAUCUUCGAAGCGGCAAGCCAAUGAUCACUCGAAGUCAAGAAAGAGGAUACAAAAACGUCAGCAAAUAGCAAAUGUGAUCUGAUUGUGAAUUUAAGGGUAAUUUUUUGAAAUUUAAUGUUUUGUUUCACUUUUUAGCAGUACAUUUUGCUCCGAGGUGACAUUUCCUUGCAAAUUUUAAACCAAAGCUAUCACUCUCAAAGAUUAGAUAUGAGGUGUCAAAGUUUUUAUUUGAAGCCUUCAACUACUCUUAUGAAAAGCUUUGCGUCAAAAGGAAAGUUUGAAAUGAGCUCCAUCGCUAUUAGUGAAGAUAAAGAUACAUUUGUGGCAAAAACUUCGUAAUUGUGCUGUUCAUUCUUUGAACGGAUAUUGUUUCAUGGAUGAAUUUUGAUUUACUAACCAACUAUCUGGUUGCUACGAGUAAAGACGUAUUGUUAUGAAACUGUUUUACGACAUUGGUCCACUCCAGUUAAAUCGAGUUGUGGUUAUUAGGCUUCAACUCUUCUGUUAUGCGCAAAGGAAACCUUGAACUAAACGUAUUCACUGGCCGUCUUGAGUUGUUACGGAAUAGUUCCCUAAGAGAAGUUAAGUCUUAAGUUGACAUUGGAUCAAGAGACUUUUUCUAACCCAAUGAGGGCUACGUUUGUCUUAUACAUUUCAUCUUCCAUCGAUUUUAUUUGAACUUUGAAUUCUUUUUAAUUUAAAUAAUUUAUUUUGUUAAAUAGCGAAUAAUGUGCAGUUAAAUUUAACAAGGGAAACAAUUUUUAAGUUGAAAUGACGCUUGUGUCACCUUUCUGAUCACUGACAACUAGUUCAGGUCCUCAAGGUUCUAGCUUACCUCUCGUGUUCAAGAAUUGGAAGCCUCUCAUUCCAAAGUUUGGAUAUCGUUCUGUUCAUCAACCUUGACGAUUGUAGAACCUACUUUUUUCAAUUGUGGGUAAUUUGAACGGUUGUUUUAUUGCUAGAACUUGCAUGCUCGAGGUUUGCACCGUUCUUGCUUUUAGUUCUAUGUGUUUUUUUACUGACAAUUUACAGUAAAAACAUUUUUUUGUCAUGAUUUCAUUCAAUGCUAUCAUUUUUUUGCAAAUUUUGAUUUUUUUGCAAUUAAUGUUCACCUUUUUGCUGCACUUCUCGAAGUGUUACUGCUCUUAAGACGAAAAAUUUUCACCAUGCGAUUAAUUUUUGUCAACGUCUGUUCAAUUUGGAUAGCAAUUGUGUCAGUCGGGAAAAAUCUCGUUUGGCUUUAGUAGUUUGGGCGUGAUGAGUUGCACGUUACUCGUGAUGGGUCUUAGUUUGACAGUUUGUCUGAUCUCAAGCUUAGGCUGUUUAGUUGUAGAGGAUUACCUUGUGAAUAUCGAAUGUUUUUUCUGUUAAAUUACAAGUCUGGUUGGUUGCAUUUGUAUUAACAAGAGGAGUUGCGUCAUUAUCUUGGUUUCAAUUCGGAGACGGCUUUUAGUUUUAAUUUUUAAGGAUAAUUUAUUGACGAAUAUUUUUUUGCGCUGCUUUUACUUUCAACAAGAUCACACGUGAUCAUGAAUGCCGGAAUAGAAUUGCUUCAUAUUUUUAGCCAUUUAAACCUUUGUGUUUUAAGAUGAAUGAUAUAUCAGAGCUACGGACAAAGUCAUGGCUCUUUACAAUGCUUCAUUGAUUGGAAAAUUGCUAGACUUGAUACCGUCGACGACGGUCGGGAGUCCAUAAAUAUUCGCGGCUCGUGACCAACCAAAUCAGCUCCAGUGAUCAUCACUAAUUACCGGAUAAUUUUGUUUCCUUGAAAGCAGAUCUUAUUUCGAUAUAAUUUUGCAGGCUCCAAGCUUUUUUACACUUUGCGAACGGUGAAAAUGAUCACAGGUAAAAUGUAAUCUACAGCUCCAUUUCUGAUCUGGAAUAUUGUCUUGUUGUUAGAGUAGAAAAUGUAUGGGGAAUUCUUUUGUUG